AGAGUCAUUCCGAGAGAGAUUCCAAGCAGUUCUCCAUGGGUCAAGCAAAGCCCGUGAUCGAACAGCCGUAAAGCAAAAAAGUCCAGCUCCUCCCGGUAUUCAAGCAAUCUCUGCUUUUUUCUCUCUCUCUAGGUUUUGGAGAAGCUUAAGCCUAAAGGAAUGGAAGAGGAGGUCGUUUCGAAGGGGACGGCAGUGGUGGCCUGUACCGCCAUGACCUUGUCCUACGUUGCGAUUCUCUACGCUCCUACUUUGAUCCUCCGCCUCCCACCUCCUCCCUCAUUCAACAUCUUCAUGAUCCGACGCUUCGUAUGUGCCGCUAUCUCCUCAAUUGUUUCACUCCUCAUCUGCGCCCUCAUCCUCCCCAUAAGAAGGAAGGAGGCAUCGGUUCUACUCGGUGUUUACGGAAUCCAAGUGGAUCAUAUUGUCAGUUGGCAAGCUGUGGUGUUUCCUGUUUUCUUGACUUCUUUAAUGUAUGCCGGAUCUUUGGUGCUCAAGUCUCUGGUAUUGGUGGAAUCGUGGAGGGACAAUGUUCAUCACAAUGAAGGUGUUUCCGUUGAGUGUAUCAAAAUCAUCGUACAAAAGUUGAUUGCGUCGAUAGUUUCAGUUACUUCCAAUGUUCUGGCUUGGCGUAAUUUUGUUGUGGCACCACUUACCGAGGAGCUGGUUUUUAGAGCAUGCAUGAUACCUCUACUUCUAUGUGGAGGAUUUAAACCAUACACUGUCAUAUAUCUCUGUCCAAUUUUCUUCAGCUUGGCACAUCUAAACCAUUUAAUGGAGUUCUACAGCAAGCAAAACUAUAGCUGGGCCAAAACUUCCAUGGUUGUAGGACUCCAGCUUGGCUACACGGUAAUAUUUGGGUCAUAUGCAUCUUUCCUCUUCAUUCGAACUGGACAUCUGAUAGCUCCUUUAGUUGCUCAUAUGUUUUGCAAUUUUAUGGGACUGCCAGUGCUGUUUUCACGGAGGAAUGGUAUGGUAAGCAUAGCAUUUGUUGCAGGAAUGGUUGGCUUCCUCUCACUUCUUUUUCCAAUGACACGCCCAGAUCUGUAUAAUUAUAGAUCUAAUAAUUGCCAAUGUUGGCAUGGAUAUUGUUCUUGGAGCUGAUUCUGUGGCAUUUUUCGAAGUAGCUUUUGUUUUUAAGGAAGAAAAGGAAAAGAAAAGCGAAAGUGAUGCAAUCUUUGUGGUAAUUGACCUUUACUUCGCUAUGAAUCGGGGAAGUUAGAUCUAAAGUGGCAGUUUCCGAUAUAGAUUUCCAAGGAUUCUUAUUAUGGCUCCUUCGUAGAGGUUGGAGAGAAUGCAUUUCAUGAGCUAUUACAAAAAUAGAGUUAACAAACAUGUGAAAGAAAGGUUGAAAGCAUUCUCAUAUCUCGCAAUCUGUAAAAUAGUGAUUUUACUCGUAUUUUAUACACAUUCUUUGAGGUCGAAGAGAAAUUUUUUUACCUCUUUAGUCCCGAAUAAAUUGGAGAAGCAUAGAAGAUUUUAGGGAGAAGUGCACAUUUCAUCUUUUAACUAGUGGCUGUUUUGUGCUUUGCAUCUUAAACUAUGAACAGCAACUAUAAACUUUAAAAGAGUUGUAUCGUGCAUCUUCUGAUAAGAUCCGAUGGUUUAGAAUCUUUA